AUGUCCCAGCAACGGCAAGAGCAAAAACCAUGGGCCAUCACGUUGCCACAUGCGGCGUGGAUGUGGAAACCGCGAUCAAAAAAGGUUAUUGAGCAUAACUUUGGCGAUGUGGCGGCGUCCUUCUUGGGUAUGCGGCUACUGGGGGCGCAGAAAUGGAAGCGACGCUACGUGUUUGUAGAAGGAGACACCAUCUGCUACGGAAGGAGCGUUGGACAACGGGACAAGGUAAUUCCGUUGGAAAUUGUACAGGCUGCGAAUUACGCCACACACGAUGUUCUGCUGGUCGCAAAGGCACCCAGCGCAAUGGCUCAGUUUGGGUGGUUUAUGCUCAUUAAAGGUAAAGAGUUACUGUUUUGUUGCGAGAAUGACAGUGCACGGGAGGAAUGGGUGACAUUUAUCCUUGCUAGGCUUAGGCUCAUAAGCGGGAUGACGAAGCCGGCGCUUCUUACGGCAAUGGGUGAGAACAGUCAAACAGUCCCGCCUUUGAUAGCUAAUUGUAUUGAGGAGCAGCGGGGUGGUGCAGCAGAGGGUGGCCAAGUCUUUCAUAUGAACCUCGCACAAUCGGUGGAUGCCUUCGAGCUCAAAGGCCAAAUAGAAGAGGGCUCUUCACGAGUCCUUGGAGAAGCGGUGCGGCAUGAAUCCCAACCACACGUGGGAGCUCAGGAUGACAAGGAUGCCGACACGCUGGGGCACCUACUUUCCUUUGGAAACACAAAAGACCUUGUUGAGGACGCCAUCAGUGAUAAGGAUGGGCACGCCAGCUACACCACACCCAUGUCUCAGACGAUGGACGUUGUGCAGGGGGAGACAUUGGCGGAUGUGCACGCUUUUGCUCUUUUACCCUACGCCCAAGAGCGCUACUCACACAUUGCGUACAAGCUGGAGUCUUUCUCGCGGCAUUUACAGCACGGGGAUAACAUCCAAAACGUUGUCUUUUCUCGUUGUGUGGAAAAGAUUGGGAAACACGACACGACACAGGAACGGGACCUCCUCCUGACGCCGCAGUACUUGUACUUGUUCGCCCGAAAAAAACUGACGGGCAGGGUGCAUUCGCGGUGCGUUGACACCAACCAGAUUGCGGGUGUCAUUGCGAGCAUCACCGAGACCAACCUUCUGGCCAUCAUUGUACCAUGCUUUCAUGAUAUUCUUAUUCGGUUUCACAGUCAAAAUUCACAUCUGGGUGGAACGAAGGCGAGUGUGAAAAUUCAGCUCAUUGCACACUUGUACAAGAUUCAUUUGGGGCAGAAAACCGGACGACGUUUUCUUUUCCGUGAGGUGGAGAACGUGCGGGCCGUUAUACGGCGCGGCGUGGAGGAGCCCCACAUGCCGCUGAUAUCGUACCCGGAGGAUCGCAUGCAAGUGGGGACAAACAAGUCACUUUUUCCCUUAUUUAGCAUCCACGCGGAGUCUCUUGUGUUUUGGUCCUCCAUGAUCACACGGGUGGAGGAGGACCGCCGAUUGCAACUCUGCGCGCUUGCCAUCACCGAUGGAGCUGUGUAUCUUCUUAGUGAGACACUAGUAAAGGUCACUCACCGGAUUCCGUUACCAGACGUACAUGACGUGAAGUUUGAUGUGGAUUCCCAGACGGUACUGCUUCACAGCACCGAGGUUGACGCCCUUUUCAAGGUUCAUUCUAGUGUGGAGUUUAUUCGCCUCAUUGAGCUGCUACCUGAAGUGGUAAUGCAGUACUGUGGGGUGAAAAUACCUGCCACGGCGUCGAAGCAGUUGUACGCCCACGCCCGAUUUGCGGAGCCAGGGGGACGGGAGGAGUCAAUAGGUGGCUUAUCGUCGCUUGGUGCCGUUAGGGAGCACCUAAAUCUUCCCUCGCGGGUGUUGUCCUCCAUGCAUCCAGUGCGUUUUAAGACGUAUUUUGGUAAACAACACACUAACAGUGCAGAGGCACCUGAGGUGCAUAAUACGGAGGACGCGAGCGGUAGUUGGCUUAGCAAGAGACUCGGUAGUCGUGCCUACUUGGCGCACUACCGCUUUGUUGAGGAACUUGUUGUGGAUUUUGACGAUGAGGCAAGCAUGCUUGCAAAUAUUCCAUCCACUGCGGCCGACGCAUUGACGCUCAAUGGGCCCUUCGCAACAGAUCUUGGUCUUGGGUCGAUUCAGUGUUCUCUGAUUUGCAGUGAUCUGGACGUGAAGUCGCUUCCCACCGGCAUCAUCUUGAGCCCUGGGCUGCUGAGCAAACAUGGUACUCGGCGAGUGGUUUGCGUUUCCACGCGAGGGAUUGUGCUGCUAAAUCACCAUGAUGGAGUGGGAAAACUAUGCCGCACGUUUAAAGACCUCUUGUGGGGACGCAAAGGCUCUGUUGGCGCCGAUGUGAUGCCAACCGAUAGUGUUCGUACACACGAUCCUAGAGUGCUGGUGUUUCUUUCCUGGCCCGACGUUGUCGGCCUUGUCCGCUGUUAUCCAGGGCAGGGGACAAUUAUUGGUGUGAUGACAGGCCCAGGUCAAUCCUGCGAUUACAUGCUGGACGUGGAGAGCGACUCCAGCGUGGACGUCUUUCUUCGUUGCUCUGCGUGGAAUUACGUUGAAGGACAUCGCCGUUCACAACAUGCGUACGAAAUGCUUCCACUUUUCAAGGUUCCGCAUGUGGAGAAUGUGCGGAAUGCAUUGAAAAACAGUGUCUUUGACUCGAAACCCAUCCUUGCGCUUCGCCGCCCACUCAAACACCAUGCUGGCGAUGAAUUGGGCCUCGCAGUUGUGCCCAACAUUGCUGAGGCCUGUCGUAGUUUUGGGGACAACACGAUUUACUUCUCUGGUGCGGCCUGGCGCUACGAGGCCGCUGCACCCAAGACGGAGCGUAGGAAGAAUCGUACGGCGGGGCCGGAGACGCGCGAGGUGAGCCACUCCGCACAGGAAACGCAUAAGAUGUUUAUUAUUGUCCUCACCAACUGUGCCAUUUACUGGUGCACGGAUGGUGAUCUCGGGAUCCUGCAACGCACCGAGCUGCUCGCGCUGGGGGAGGUGUAUCUGAGCCCAGUAGAGCCGGAUGCUCUGCUGAUCACGGUUCCAAAGGAGUAUGACAUGUACUUUCGCAUUGACGGUCGCGGAAAAGAGUUCCUCGCGCGGCUGCAGGAUGCGUACGCGGCGUGGACAGACUACCAUCGGCACCUUCCACACGAGUCACGGGGCAGCUAUCAGAAUGUUCCCGAUGGCGAGCUGCCAACAACGACUGUGUCCAAUCGUACUUCUCUGGGUCAAUUAGCAAAACUAUCGCACUUUGCCGAGUUGCAGGCAAACUUCAGUUCAGGGGAAACGAGGACAAGGAUGGAGCUCAUGCACCGCCGCUACCUCGCGGUUGCCCUAUCCAAGUACGAGGCUGCGUUGGUGAUGACCAUCAAGCGGAAGCUCUCCUGGGCGAAGGCAUACAAGAGCCUUAGUGCCGCAAAGACGACACUGGAGUUUUCACACCGGCGUGCCUAUUCCUUUUCUCUUCGAACUAGCACGCACCCAGAGAUGGAGCAAGCACAAAUGCGUCUCCAUGAGUUUUGUUCCAUGAAGGAGAUUCUGGAGCGCAUGCAACAGGCGGCGGCCACGGAGGAUUUGGCCACGUAUGAGGCGGCAUCUGAAAAGGCACAGCAAUAUGCACCUCUCCUUGCCUUUGUAGAGGAAAGCCGCGAGGUUCAUGAAGCCUUGGCAAAAAGAACUGUUGCUCUUGUCAAUAUUACGACGUUUAUCGAUAGUGACACGCGGCUGCCAUUGCAAGAGUCGGCGGACACACUUCAGGCGUUGUUUGUAGCUGCGAUGGAGGCCGGGGUCCAGCCUGACAUGCUGGACAAGCUACGCCGUCGCGUGGAUUUGCGAACUCAGCAGGAGGCGUUCCUGGCGCAGCUACAGGCGCACAGUAUGGCUGUUGCCACUGGGACUGAAAAACUUCAGUCGGUGAAGCUGCUACUGCUGCUCGCUGAGGCGGCACGUCAGCUUGAGGUUCCCGUCUCGGCUGUUGAGACGGCGUUUUCAGGGCUUCCGCGUGCGGUGUCUCGCGGCGAGGGAAAAACGCAGCGGCAGUUACCACUACAGCAACAGGAACAAAACGCGCGGAGUGUGAUUGUGGCGACGUGCGAUGCCAUUGAAGUGGCCGUUUCAUUGGGCAAUGCCACUUUGCUACAAGAUGUUCUUCGGCUUGCAGAGCGGUCUCCCUGCGAGGAGGUGAAAGCGCGGGCUCGGUGGGGGCGGGAGCAGCUUGGUCUGCGUCGUAAGCAUCUGGCAACCCAUCGCUUGCCACCCCGUCUCAUGGAGCAUAUCGUGGUUCGCCGGCAAUCCCGCGAGUGGGGUGCUGGCGAGGUCCACAAGCUGCGUGACGCAUGUGCAGAGGCACUGCGGGAGCUGCCAGUGGAUGUUCCAUUUAUGCUGCGCGAUCGUCAGCUGUUGCAGUCGCAACUACACCUUCUUGAGGAGGAGGAGCACCGCCUCAUUCUACGUGACUCCUUACAAACGCAAGCUGAACAGGACGGGGACCGCUACAUGGAGGAACUACAAAAAAAAGAGGUAGACGAACGACAUGCCACACAAGAGCGGGGACGUCAGCAAGUGGAGAUGAUUGGGCAGUGGCGUAUGGAUUACCUGUUGAUAUGGCAGGGCCGCACCAGCAAGCUGUGUGCCUCGAUGCGCGAGAGUAUUCGUUUGGGUAACACGGAAGAGGCGCGGAGGUGCAUAGGACAGUGCGUUUUUUUUCAGAAGAAGAUUCAGGAGGGGUUAUUAAACUAUAAUAGCUGCCGGACGCAUGUAUGCGAUGCGCAGCAGAUGACUGAGAAAAUUCUCAACGACCUCAAGAUGGCCGCCGCGCGUGGCCAGGCGUUUCUGGCGGGCCAUGAAGAGGAGGCGGAGCCCUACGUCUCUCCCGUUACUAGGAACAAUGACGCGGAGGUCGCUGCAGCGGAGAAUCUGGGCGAGGAAGUGGUGGAAGGGCGAGGGAUGGUGGUGGCUGCGGUUCCACCAGAGCUAUUGGUGUUGAUUGAAGCGCACAAGGCGAAGGAGCUGGUGACGUAUGUGCGUUUGCAUGCCUCUGAGCUGAAUGCAGAAACCAUUGUCAAAGUACGAGAGCUGUGGUCGGCCUCUCGCGAGCGACGCCAGUGGGUGGCUAAGCUGCACCGCGCCAUCCACACCGCUUUCGCGCUAAAAAAUCGGGAGAUGCUUCAAACGCACAUUGACGCAGCAAAGUCGUUUGGGUACAUGGACGAUGUUGUGGAAGGUGCCAUGGAAGUCGUCGCGGCAAUGGAGGCCCAACAGUACGCGACGCCAGGCGCCGGCAGUGGCAGCAGAAGUCCUUCUCCGGAACUGGGGCUGGACGCGUCACAGGAUGAGACGCCGCGUACCUUUACGCUUUCUCGCGUGUAUGACGCGCGCUCUAGCGACGCGGCGGAACGAUUACUUGGGCAACUGCAUGCCGUAACGCUGGAGAUGCUGCAGCCCACUGAACCGGGCCUUUCUUUGUCAAACGCCUGCUUGCAAGAGCGACGGCAUAAACGCAUGAUGGAUGUUGCUCAGUUGUGGCAUGACGUGUUUCAUCACCGCCUAAAACCGUCUGGCGGCGUGUUCCGCCGAAAUGAGCGUGAUUGCUUUGACUUUUUGCAUUUUGUCAGCCAACACAACACUUCACGCGACCACUCAGAUUUUUACACAAACCGUUUACUGAGUGACUUUGGGCGUGUCAAGAAGUAUAACACCACCCAAGGGCGGAGCAGCAGCUUCCUGCUUAUUGCCUACAUGUUUCAGCGGAAGCUGUUGGAGCGGAUACUUCACGAAAUUGCCCAGCUUGGUGCAAAAGUGCGAGGCGAGGUUCUCUGUGAGGAUGCCUUGCUAAACCAAAGCCUCCCGGACUUGUUAGCACUGGCUCGCAUGGGGGAGCAGGCGGAAUGGUCAGUGAUGGUGAGUGAGGCCCCGGAUGGGGUCGUCGUGAACGCAAACACGUCGUUUACGCUCAUGUCGAUCGUGGAUGAAACACCUGCAGAUGAGCUCACGAACAGCGUUGCAAGGGGGAAGCAGCAGGGGACGUGCGAGGUGCCCCGAAAGGCGGCGUUGCAAAGCUGUGCAGAGUUGAUGCGCUCUGCGACGAGUGUGUUGUCAAAUUAUUUUUCGGGGAAGUUUGCGGCGCUGGGCGUGUGCCCGUCCGUCGAGGAUGCCCGUGCAAUAUUUGACGAGGGGGUACACAGAGAGAUCGGUCUAAUUGUACAGGAACAUCUGCUUCCUGCUGUGGUGGCGCUGAUGCGCGCGGGUUUCCGCCCUAUCUACCACUUGGUGCGGACCCGCCGUGUGUGGGAUGCCGUGUUGGAGUUCGGUGCGUGUCUGCAGCAUGGCUCCAGGGACCUCAGUGGGGUCUCGGUAUCCGGCGUCAUCCCGCUUGUGGAGGCAGUCACAGAUGUUACGGGCCGACAACGCACAAAACUUCAGCGCCUAAGUGAAGAUGAACUGGCAGACCUGCGGCUACGCAUGCUCUUAAUCGAAUGCCUCAACCGCAACGUACUUGCCGCGUUCCUGCGGAUAUUCUUUCAAGGCGAGGAGGGCACGACCUGCUGGGCGAACGGCGACGGGGUGUGGAAGUUCUACGAUCGCGAUCGCUGCGUCUUCUACCCGCCGGAGGAUGCAGGAACGCAGGAGCUGAUGGAGGUUGUCACCCGGCUGUCUGAGCUGCCGUUUGUUUUGUUUGUUGACCGGGAGCUGUGGUGA